CAAUAGACCAACACUGCACCAUUUGGGAGCUGCGCAGUCUACCACCCUCACUGCUUAAACACUCUCGCCUCCCAUCUCUUCUUCCUCCUUCUCCAACCCCUCCCCCUCCCGGCCCCCCAUCCCCCUCUCUGCACGACCACGACGCCAUGAUCCAUGAACUUCAAGAAGAGGAGGAUGCAGAUAGGUACUGCGUAGGUAGGACGCCAUAGGAGCUACACAGCUAGAUAGGCAGAUAGCAGCGGAGCAGCAACGCUGCCAGCCAGCAGGAAGGGGGAUGUACAAGAACCAGCUGCAGGAGCUGGCGCAGAGGAGCUGCUUUAGCCUUCCGUCGUACGUGUGCACGCGGGAGGGCCCCGACCACGCGCCGUGCUUCCGGGCCGCCGUCACCUUCAACGGCGAGACCUUCGAGGGCCCCAGCGGCUGCACCACGCUCCGCCAGGCCGAGCACGCCGCCGCCGAGGUCGCCCUCGCCCGCCUCUCCCUCCGCGGGCCCUCCACCUCGCUCGCCGCCCGGGUCCUCGAUGAGACGGGGGUGUACAAGAACCUGCUGCAGGAGACCGCGCACCGGGCCGGGCUGAAGCUGCCGGCGUACACCACGGUGCGCUCGGGCCCGGGCCACUCGCCGGUGUUCGCCUCCACGGUGGAGCUCGCUGGCAUGAGCUUCGCGGGCGACCCCGCCAGGACCAAGAAGCAGGCGGAGAAGAACGCCGCCAUGGCCGCCUGGUCUUCCCUCAAACGGAUGCCAGAGGCGCGCAAGAAGCCGGGCGCCGGCGACGAGCAGGACCACGUCAUCGUCGCCAGAGUUCUCGCCGCGCUGAAGCCUCGAGGCGACGUCGGCGACGGCAAGGCGGCGGCGCCUCUGCCGAAGCAGUGCGGCACCGGCUCGUCUCCCUCUGCUCUUCCGAACCCGCCGAUGUACAGACAACAAUGGCGGCCUCGGAACACUCCUGCUCGGCCGCAGCCGCCGGUCGGGCCCAGGAUCCUGCCUCCCCUGCACCUGCUGCACCAACCGGCGUCGAGCUCCAGGGACGCCGCGGCGGCGGAGCUGGUGCGCAUGCUGGAGAGGGCCAUCGUGAGGGACAGGGCCGCCUCGGAGGCACUCCCGCCGCCGCCGCCGUGCUACUACGCGCCCGCGUCGGCGUACCGCCACGACGCCGCGCCGAGCUCCUUCGCCGCGGGCGGGUUCCACGCGCCGGCUGUUAGCGUGCGGUCGGUGAUCCCGGUGUGCGCCGCCCCGCCGCCGGUCAAGGAGGGACGGAAUGGCCCAGCGACAUCCUCGGAUCCAGGCAAGAGGGUGUGAGCUCGUGGCCAGCUUUUGAAGCGCAUGAUGAGUCUGGUUCUGUUCUCGCAGCGCAGGGGAAUUUUGAUCACAACUUUCUCUGUACAAAAUUAAGCCGUGUACGAGGUCAACCACGCAUCUCUCUCCCUCCCUCUCUCCCGGUCUCCCCCCUCCGUCCGCUGGUUCGACCAUGAUCUGGAUGGUGAGAUCUUCAGGGUUCCGAAAGGCAGUCAUGGCCUCCAUGCCCCUGAGGCCAUGGAGACGUUUUAGAUGGAUGAACAUAUGAUAUAGCUGUACUACUGUUCCCGCAUGUGUUCCGGAGCUUCAGUAGAAGCCAUUCUCCGUGUUAACCAGCUAGCGUAUCAUCUCGUUGGCCCUGCAUACAUGUCUCGCCAUGUACAAAAGUUCACGUCGUAUACAUCUCCCUUUUUCUGAA